AUGGCCUGGGGACUGCCCAGCACCACCAGCCUGGCACGCUUCUGCCAAAAGCUGAACCGGCUGAAGCCACUGGAGGAGUCCACCACGGAGACAUCACUUCGGCGCUGCCUGACCACGCUGGACCUGACCCUGAUGGGUAUGGGUGCUACAGUGGGCUCGGGCCUCUACGUGCUCUCAGGCACCGUGGCCAAGGAGAUGGCUGGCCCUGCUGUGCUUGUGUCCUACAGUAUCGCUGCUGUGGCCUUCCUGCUGGCAGCCCUCUGCUACGUGGAGUUCGGGGCCCGUGUGCCCCGCACAGGCUCUGCCUACCUGUUCACCUACGUGUCCAUGGGCGAGCUGUGGGCCUUCCUCAUUGGCUGGAACGUGCUCCUCGAGUACCUCUUUGGUGGCGCCGCUGUGGCCCGCGCCUCGAGCAGCUACCUGGAUGCCAUCUUCAACCACAGCAUCCGUAACUUUACGAUGGCCCAUGUGGGCAUCUGGCAGGUGCCUUUCCUGGCCCAGUUCCCUGACUUCUUGGCUGCUGGGGUCAUACUUUUGGCCUCCACAUUUGUCUCCUGUGGAGCCCGUGUCUCUUCCUGGCUCAACCACAUGUUGCUUGCCUUUAACCUGCUCGUCAUCCUCUUCAUCAUCAUCCUGGGGUUUGUCCUGGCCCGCCCGCACAACUGGAGUGCUGACGAGGGCGGCUUUGCACCUUUCGGCUUCUCUGGCAUUAUGGCCGGUGCCGCCACCUGUUUCUAUGCCUUCCUGGGCUUUGGCGUCAUUGCUGCCUCCAGCGAAGAGGCCCAGAACCCGAAGCGAGCCGUGCCUAUGGCCAUCAUCAUCACGCUUAGCCUGGUGGCUGGCGCCUACAUCCUUGUCUCCACUGUGCUCACCCUCAUUGUGCCCUGGCACAGCCUGGACCCUGACUCUGCGCUCGCUGAUGCCUUCUACCAGCGGGGCUACAGCUGGGCAGCCUUCAUCGUGGCAGCUGGUGCUAUCUGCGCCAUGAACACCGUCCUGCUCAGUGACAUCUUUACCCUGCCACGCAUCGUAUAUGCCAUGGCCACCGACGGGCUCUUCUUUAAGGUGUUUGCCCAUGUGCACCCCCGGACACAGGUCCCCGUAGUGGGCAUCCUGGUGUUUGGGGUCCUCAUGGCUUUCCUGGCGCUGCUGCUGGACCUCCAGACACUGGUCCAGUUCCGGUCCAUCAGCGUACUGCUGACCUUUACCUUCGUGGCAAUCAGUAUUAUCGUGCUACGCUUCCACAAGUCCCCUCCAGCCAGUUCCCUGGGCCCAGCCAGCCCUGUGGGCAGUGAGCAGGCCUCAGCCCCUGAGCCUGGGCAGCUGCGACCAGCCCUGAGGCCCUACCUCGGCUUCCUGGGUGGGUACAGACCUGGAGCUGCUGUGGCUUGGGUUCUCCGUGUCCUGGUGGCCUCGGCCAUCACUCUGGACUGCGUGCUGGUCUUUGGGGGCUCGGCCCUGCACCUCCCACCCUGGGGCCACACCCUGCUGCUCCUGGUCAGUUCCGUCGUGUUUCUGCUCAGUCUCCUCGUCCUGGGGGCCCACCAGCAACAGCGCCGGGAGGACGCCUUUCAGGUUCCCAUGGUGCCCCUGACUCCAGCCCUGAGCAUCCUCCUCAACAUCUCCCUCAUGCUGCAGCUGAGCUCCCUGACCUGGCUGAGCUUCUCCAUCUGUCUGCUGAUUGGACUCCUGGUGUAUUUUGGCUAUGGCAUCUGGCACAGCAAGGAGAACCAGCGGGAGCUGCCAGGGCUGCUGGCUUAG